GUUUGAACUUUUUGAUUGUUGAACUUCAAUGAGUCUUCUUCCCUGUGUGACUUCUUUAUCCGCUUUGAUUGACUACAGAGAACGUUUUGUUUGUAAGAGGAAUUACUGGGAGUUGGACAACAUACUGAGCCAUUCUUCAUUCUUUCAAAAAUUGGAAAACAUAGCUACUUUGAAGGGCCAUAGCGGUUGUGUCAAUAGACUGUCCUUCAAUGAGGAAGGCUCUCUGUUGCUGUCAGGUUCAGAUGAUUGUCGACUACUCGUGUGGGAUGUAGCCGAGGGAACCUUAAGAGACCAAGUUGAAACUGGACAUGAUAGAAAUAUUUUUGGAGUAAGGUUUAUACCCUGCACCAAUGAUAGACUAUUGGCAAGCGGUGCAAUGGAUUGUACUGUAAGAGUUUCUUCUCUAGAUGGUCGACCGGAAAAACUUUUUGAAGUGCAUGAGGACCGUGUAAAGACCAUUGAUGUUGAGAGACGAAACCCCAACUUGAUAUUUAGUGCUUCAGAAGAUGGCAGAGUUUAUCAGAUAGAUCUUCGAACACCUGAGGAUCCCGUAAAAGUUGUCGAGAUUUCCCGUACUAUGGUUAAAAGCGCAAUGUUGAAUCCUAACUUUCCAUUUGAGUUGGUCGUUAGUUGUAACGAUCCUUAUAUUUAUGUUUACGAUAGACGAAUGUCAUUUGAUAGACCCAAAGCGAACUAUUGUCCAUCACAUUUGAGAUAUGAGAGGCUUCCUUUCAGCACUUUCUCUUGUUUCAAUGAAUCAGGCACAGCAAUUGCAGCAUCAUAUUGCUAUGAAGGCAUUUAUGUAUUCUCUACUCAAAAUAUAACGAGUCUAGAAACUGUGGAAGAACAGUUCAAUUUUGCACCAGAAAGACAGCAGAGUCCAACUUUAAGAAAUUUGCGUCGUGUGUUUCAUGAUUUGCUUUUGGCAUAUGAAUACUUCAACAAAGACCAAUUUGGAAAAGCUCUCAUUUGGAUAUCAAAAGCUUGCGAUAUUUAUUAUUGGAAUCAACUUAUGCUUUGUCGUUGGAUUCUUUAUUGCUUGAGAGGAUGGCCAGGAGAUAUCGAUGCUGCAUUUCCUGACUUGAAAAAUUUACGUGAGCAGAAGAAUUCAAAUGUAACAGACCAACCUGCUCUUCUUAUUUCUCCUCAUAUUGUUUUUCCUUUUUGUUGGGGGUUGUUGGAUCUUCGAUAUAUUCUUCAGCAUCUAAAAUUUGCUCGUUCUGUUAGUAGUGAUAUGGAGGAAAAUGUCAAUGAUAUUCUGAAAAGAGUGCAAGAUCAGCAAACCAAGUUUGUAACUGAACUUGAUGAAUUGGAGGAGACUUUUCCUUUGGAAAGAUGGUGGUCUACUAUUGGAAUAAGACUGACUCGUGAUACUCUAUUGUUGACCAAACAGCAUGUUUAUGAUUUUAUGCAUUAUUGGAUUGGUAUCAUGAUGCACAAAUUGUACAGCUUGUCUCAAAAGUUAAGAAAGGAAGUUGCAGAGCUUUUACAAGAUGCAAGCAUACGCAGGCGUGAAGAAGAACGAGAGGAAACACUUGUGCAGUCUGUUCACACGUCUAUGCUAACGAUGAAAGAAAGUGUUGUUUAUUCCACAUUACCGAGUUUAAGAGAUAGAAGUAGUCGACUGUGCUAUCAUAGAAGAUUUCUUGGACAUUUGAGUGUAAAUACGGAUAUCAAAGAAGUCAAUUUUAUUUCAGGAAAGUAUCCUUGUGUGUUAUCUGGAAGUGAUGAUGGCCAUUUUUAUGUAUGGAGUUUGGACAGCGGUAUGUUAUUGGGUUCCUACAAAGCUGAUUCAGAUGCAGUGAAUUGUGUUUUGCCACAUCCAUACCAACCUCUUAUAGCGACAAGUGGUAUUGAGAGUAAUAUCAAGUUAUGGUCGCCUAGUGCUUGUCAUAACAAUAUCGAUGAAGAUGAAAUGGAGAAACUAAUGCAAUCUAAUGUUGACAAGUUGAAUGAAAUCAGAGGAAGACCACAAGACAUCGUUGGGACGCAAGUAAUUUUUCCUUCAAAUGCUUGGCAGUAUUUUGGCCCCAGAAGAUCAGCGUAUUCGAUAUGGAGGAGGGGUUUGUACUCUCCAUUGAAUAUAUGAUAGAUAUUAGAUUGUCAUAACAAUAGAUUGGCAAGACAUAAAGACUUUAGACGAGUGUUUUGGAUUGUGCACAACGACAAGAAUAAAUAUAAAGAAUGAAAGUUCUGCAUACAUA